AUGGCUCCGGCCGCGGACCGCGAGGGCUACUGGGGUCCCACGACGUCCACGCUGGACUGGUGCGAGGAGAACUACGCGGUGACCUGGUACAUCGCCGAGUUCUUGGUAGGAAUGGGAUCCUGGUGCUUCCACAUGACUCUGAAAUAUGAAAUGCAGCUGUUGGAUGAACUCCCAAUGAUUUACAGCUGUUGUAUAUUUGUGUACUGCAUGUUUGAAUGUUUCAAGAUGAAGAACUCUGUAAACUACCACCUGCUUUUUAUCUUAGUUCUAUUCAGUUUAAUAGUAACCACAGUUUACCUUAAGGUAAAGGAGCCUAUAUUCCAUCAG